UCUAUCGCUGGGUUGAGAUUCCAUGCAUACACAAUUGCCCCAGAUCCGAGUACUAUCCAACGAUGAAUAGACUUUAUCUUCGGGAACCCAUCGGAACGAUCUCAAAAUAUACGUCCACUUUCGGAUUCAACUGUUGCGAGGCAGCCACCCUGGACGCCCAAACGCAUUCCGCGCAACAAAACGACUCGUCUUCGACGUCAUUCUCUGGCGACGGUGACAAACAACCGACGCCCGGAACCCAGGACCCGACGAAAUACGACACCCAGGAUCGACAAUCCCUUCACAUGGCCCCGGGGCGAUGUUUUUGUUGCGAGGCAGCCACCCUGGACGACGCCCAAACGCAUUCCACGCAACAAAACGACUCGUCUUCGACGUCAUUCUCUGGCGACGGUGACAAACAACCGACGCCCGGAACCCAGGACCCGACGAAAUACGACACCCAGGAUCGACAAUCCCUUCACAUGGCCCCGGGGCGAGGUUGGAUGCUGAGACAACUCGGCCAGCAGCAACACGCUUUGCGGAAACGGGCCAGUUUCCGGCUUCCGGUCGAACGCGGCAAGACAGAAAGCUUCCGUCGAUCGGCAAACGGCUACUCGUUCCCCACGGCCCUGGCAAGAACCAGCGACAGUGUCGGCGAUGUCGACGAGGACCACGGCGGAAGUGAAGAAGACUUCUACUCGCCGGUGUGGCGAAGUGCGUCAUCUCGCCGUCGCAGUCGCAACUGGCGCUCCGAGGACCCGAACCGCGUGGGUCUGCCUUCCGUGCCCGACGAAUGGGCCGCCAGGUUCCUCGGACGCCCGUAUCAAGCAUGGGAGCCGAAAAACGUUUUCAAAUCCGCCAAAAAGCGCAGUGAUCCGUUCAGCUCCGAGAAACGACACCUGGGUUCCGUGAUGAAAGACAUUGGGUUCCACGGGCUACCGUGGAUCUACUUUCCUCACCAGGCCCAUCACGACAAGAAGAAGCGGUUCUUGUCCGCAGUCACGUUCCCGUAUCGUCACCUGGCCGAAGAAGACAGCGACACCGAGGACUUUGAGCCGAUGACCCAGUCCGGGGAAGAGGAUAACGAAUACCCGACUGACAAACGGCACAUUGGGUCAGCAAUUGCUUCGGGAUACGUCAAGGCCAUUGGGAAACGGUCUGACGACGACUCGGAUGUCGGGGAUUACGACGGGAUUUUGCCUCAGGACAUUGCUGACGACGAUGACGUUGAGGAGGAUGAUUUGGAUGAUGAUCUC